AUGUCACAUUUCUCUUAUGCCUCAACCCCUAAUUAUACCUCAUCCCCUAUAUUAACCAAUGUCUCCAACGACUAUUACCAUCAAAGCAUUCCUAACGAUAAUAUCUUGUACUCCAGUAACGUUUCUGCUACUUCCAACAAUGCCGGUGGGUCUUACUUCUCUGCUAAAGUGUCUCCUAAUUUGACCAACGCCGCAAUCAAUACCAAUCAAGGUUUUCAUAUCCCUUCCAAUAAUAACAUGGGCAGCCCUCUUUCCAUCGCCAGUGCCACUUCUUCUAUCGUUUCUUCAACCUCAAACUCUUCCUCUGGUAGCUAUUCCUCUAGAAAUCAAUACUUUUGCUCUAAGGGGUUUGAUUUUGAAGAUGAUUUUGAAUUUGUUCCAGAUUUGUUAAUGAAACCCCAACCUCAACAGCAACAACAAAACCAUCAUCAUGUUAGCUCUAAUAGUGUGAGCAACUACGACUAUGACUACUAUUACUCACACUCCCCUGAUUCUUCUUAUGGAUCUAUUCCUUCCCAACAACAACAACAACAACAUCAUCAACAGUACAAAUUCAACCCUUACAAGAGUGUUACUUUCUCUCCAAAAACAUCACCAAACAAGUUGAAUACUGAAAGCCCAAAAACAACUCAUUCUUCCUUGAAUGGCAACAUUGCUGGUACGCCAAGAGUCAAGAAGGUUAUUGAAAUUGUGAACCCAAACACUGGGAUGAGAGUUGAUGGCAUCAUUACCAAAUAA